GUGCAGCCGUGCCUCGGCUUAGCGGAACCAGCCGCAGCCGCGAGGCCGGCGCCGACCCGCGGAUCCAGCGUGCGGAGCGGCAGCGGCGGGUGCCGGAGAGGGCGGGGCAUGGGCACCUGCUCAGGAGCGCGCCUAGCCGCACUUCAGAGAGGUCUGCAUUAGCUCCGAGUCCGUCUGACAAAUGAAGACCUCAGGCCGAGAAGGGGGAGGUGUUGCCAUCUGCAGGGCCACGCCGCCUGCUAAAGCGAGGCCGGGACCGAGACCGCGGAGUCGGCGCUCCCAGGACCGCUUGGGUCGGUGGGCGGAGGGAGCAAGGGCCCCGCGGCGCUCUUUGCACGACGCUGCACGCCCGCUGCUGCGGGAGGCUCCCUGGAGGCGGAGCUCGGGACGCGGAGGAGGAGCCAGGCAGCCUCGGGGAGCGGGGACACAAUCCUGCGGCAUAAAACCCCGCGCCCCGGACGAACCGCUGCACCCCGGCGGGCGGAAAGCUGCGGGAGCGGCCUCAUGGGAGAGAAGCAGAUACUGUGCGUGGGGCUGGUGGUGCUGGACAUCAUCAAUGUGGUGGACAAGUAUCCGGAGGAGGACACGGACAGCAGGUGCUUGUCCCAGAGAUGGCAGCGUGGAGGCAAUGCAUCCAACUCCUGCACCGUCCUCUCCCUGCUAGGAGCCCCCUGUGCCUUCAUGGGCUCACUGGCGCCCGGCCAUGUUGCUGAUUUUGUCCUGGAUGACCUCCGUCGCUAUUCCGUGGACCUACACUACACGGUCUUUCAGACCACAGGCUCCGUCCCCAUCUCCACCGUCAUCGUUAACGAGGCCAGUGGCAGCCGCACGAUCCUACAUGCCUGCAGGAACCUGCCAGAUGUCUCUGCUGCGGACUUUGAGAAGGUGGAUCUGACUCGGUUCAAGUGGAUCCACAUUGAGGGCCGGAACGCGUCGGAGCAGGUGAAGAUGCUGCAGCGGGUAGAGCAGCACAAUGCCAGGCAGCCUCCGGGGCAGAAGGUCGGGGUGUCCGUGGAGGUGGAGAAGCCCCGGGAGGAGCUGUUCCAGCUGUUUGGCUACGGAGACGUGGUGUUUGUCAGCAAAGAUGUGGCCAAACACUUGGGGUUCCAGUCAGCGGUGGAGGCCCUGAGGGGCUUGUACAGCCGUGUAAGGAAAGGGGCUACGCUGGUCUGUGCCUGGGCUGAGAAGGGCGCCGACGCCCUGGGCCCUGACGGACGGCUGCUCCACUCGGAUGCCUUCCCGCCGCCCCGCGUGGUGGAUACUCUGGGGGCCGGCGACACCUUCAACGCCUCUGUCAUCUUCAGCCUGUCUCAAGGAAAGAGCAUGCAGGAGGCGCUGCGGUUUGGCUGCCAGGUGGCCGGCAAGAAGUGUGGCCUGCAGGGCUACGAUGGCAUCGUGUGAUGCCCUGAGGCAGCAGGCAGCAGCUCACACCCCCCCGGGGGCCAGUGGCACCGGCUGCUGCCUUCUCCCCUCCGUCCAGCCUGGCAUCGGGGCGGCCCUGGCCCUGCUCCUGGGCAGACGCUGGCCGUGGGAGGGCUCCACCUGCACCUGGGUCCUGGCGUCUCACACCGCAGAGCCACAGAGCAAAUAAAUCUCCUUCCCAUAGCCCGCUUC